GAGUCAGUGGGCUGGGUUUAGAGUCUGGAUUUAGAGUCAGUGGGCAGGGCUUAAAGUCAGUGGAUUUAGAGUCAGUGGGCUGAAGGUAAUUCCGUUCACAGAAGGGAAGGAGAAUGGCGUUAGUGCAGGCUGUGGUAUCUGCUGCCUGGCUGGCCAAGGCAAUCAGCAGCGCUAAGGCCGGACCGUUGCGGGUCUUGGACUCCUCCUGGUAUUUGCCAGAAAUGCAGCGGGACGGCAGGAAGGAGUUCAAGGAGAAGCACAUCCCCGGCGCUACCUUCUUCGACUUGGACGAAUGCAGGGACCGCUCUGCCCCUUACGACCACAUGAUGCCCGGACAGGAGCUUUUCUCCCGAUACUUGGCCAACCUGGGCAUCUGCAACGACACCCACGUCGUCAUCUACGAUGCCAGUGAUUUCGGGCUGUACACUGCCCCCCGGGUCUGGUGGAUGUUCCGGGCUUUCGGUCACAGCCGGGUGUCGGUGCUGGAUGGCGGCUUUAUCAAUUGGCGCAGGGAGGGUCUCCCGGUCACUUCGGAACUGCAGGACUACCCCGUGGCUGAGUACAAGGCAAAAACCAAACCCCAGGUCAAAAGUUACCAGGAGAUCCUGGACAACAUCCAGAGCAAACAGUUCCAGCUGGUGGAUGCCAGGCCUGAGGGCAGUUUCAAAGGCACCGAGCCUGAACCCAGAGAAGAGGAGUAUCGGAAGAAAGAGGCUGCAGAUCACACAGAGGAAAAUCUCCAGUACAUACUCAGUGCCAGAUUCCUGACUGAGAGCAAUGUGACUAAACAGCACUGGAUUCUGAAGCUGCGUUAGACAAGGCUGGACAAA